UUGCGAGGCAGACAUGGGAGGGUGUUGUAGUCACGAUGUUUCAGUUCGAGGGAAGGUGGAUAGUGAGGUAGAUGAUGGAGAAUAUGAGUAUGAUCAUGACAAUGACAAUGAUGUGUCCUAUGAACAUUGUGGAGCAUGGGUCAGGUUAAGAGGAUCCUCUAGGUUUGUGUCAAUGUAUACCCAACAGGGAAAAAAAGGUGUGAACCAAGAUUCAAUGACAGUUUGGGAGGACUAUACUGGAGAAAAAGAUAUGAUCUUUUGUGGUGUGUUCGAUGGUCAUGGUCCUCUAGGCCACAAAGUUUCACAAUUUAUUCGUGACAAUCUACCCUCAAAACUGUCUGAAGCAAUCAAAAUGUCACAGCAGAAGGUCUGCAAAUAUUAUGAUGCUAAUGAUGCAGAUACUGCCAGUUUUGAUGAUGUCUACCCUGAGAAUGGCCACAACAUGUCCCUUGCUUCAUGGGAGGGAUGCUUUCUGAAAUCCUUUGAUGAGAUUGAUGAGUACCUUGCUCAAGAAAUUAACACUGACAGCUAUUGUAGUGGUUGCACUGCUGUUACUUUAAUUAAACAGGGUGACCAGCUCAUAGUUGGCAAUUUGGGUGAUUCUCGUGCAGUUCUUUGCACAAGGGAAGGAGACGAACUCAUUCCUAUUCAACUCACUGUUGACUUGAAACCAGAUAUUCCAAGCGAAGCUUCAAGAAUCAUUAACUGUGAAGGAAGAGUUUUUGCAGCAGAAGAAGAACCAGACGUAUACAGAAUAUGGAUGCCUGAUGAUGACUGCCCUGGACUAGCCAUGUCAAGAGCCUUUGGAGAUUUUUGCCUCAAAGAUUAUGGCCUAAUCUCACUUCCUGAUGUAUUUUAUAGAAAAAUUACCAAGCAAGAUGAAUUUGUGGUUUUGGCAACUGAUGGGGUAUGGGAUGUGCUCACCAAUGUUGAAGUAAUAAACAUAGUUGCUUCAGCACCAAGAAGGUCCUUAGCAGCCAAGUUGUUAGUAAAGCGUGCUGUUAGAGCGUGGAGAUACAAGUAUCCUGGUUCCAAGGUUGAUGAUUGUGCUGUUAUAUGCUUGUUUUUCGAUGAACAACCUUUUUUAUCACAUUCUCAAUCCACUAGAAAGAAUAGACAUCGUAGCAAGAACCUGCAUAAAUCCACUAGAAAUGAAGACACUGAAACUGUGGAUGGCAAGGUUGGGGUUGAAUUAGAUGAAGAAUGGAAAGCCCUUGGAGGGUUGGCUAGAGCCAACUCUAUAUCAAAACUUCCACGCCUUGCUAGGAAUAUGAGUAGACGGCAAUCAUAUGUACCUUAAUGGGAGUUCAAAUCCAUUAACACUGGGCCUUCUGAGAAGUUAAUACGUGCUCAAAUUGUAUUUAGUUGGAAAAAGAGGGGUUGAAUCUUGUAGGAUUAUAUGGGUCUA